AUGGCUGCAAUGGAGAAGCUUCGGAAGUGUGUUGUGUCUCCUACGGGGAAGCACACAGCUUCGGUUAUCUUUCUGCACGGGUCAGGUGACACUGGUCAAGGGUUAAGAGCCUGGGUUCGAGAUGUGAUGACGCCUGGUCUUACUUUUGCCCACAUCAGAGUCAUUUAUCCCUCAGCCCCAGCAAGACCAUAUACACCUAUGCACGGAGCUCUGUCCACUGUUUGGUUUGACCGUUACAAGAUUUCACACGACUGCCCGGAGCAUCUACAAUCCAUAGACGCCAUGUGCAACACCUUAGGCUCCAUUAUUCAAGAUGAAGUCAACGCUGGGAUCCCCAAACAUCGUAUAAUAAUUGGGGGAUUCUCUAUGGGUGGAGCUUUGGCCCUCCACUUGGUUUGCCGGUACCAACCUGAUGUGGCUGGCGUUUUUGCACUGUCCAGUUUCCUGAAUAAAGACUCUGUUGCUUUUAAGGCAGUGGAGGAGCAGGUGAGAGCCGGACAGUCCCUCCCGGAGUUGCUCCAGUGCCAUGGGACAAGUGACGAGCUGGUGCUUCAUCAGUGGGGUGAGGACACAGCAAUGCUGCUGCAGAAGGCUGGGAUGACAACAGGUUUUCACUCCCUACCUGGUCUCUACCACCAACUGUCACAGCCUGAAUUGGAGCUGCUGAAAACCUGGAUUCUUCGCAAACUUCCACCUAACUCAUCCUGA